AUCGGAAGCCCGAGGACAUGUUCGCUGCCGAGCUCUUCGCUGUCGUCAAUUCACCCCCCCAUGAAUAACACGGAUGUGGGAUAUCUCUCCGCUCCAACGCGAGGCUAGGCUGCGUUCGUCGCAUCAAGAAACUUGAGCAAACGGACUGAUCGCUAGGCCCAGUCUGGGUUUGCUUUGACAAUGCAUGAUCGUCCUUCUAGUUGCCUCAAGAUAUGAAGAAGACUGCUGCACAAUCGUAGGCCAAACAAUCUACGAAACACCACGCUCGGCGCGCUAAGUACCAGAAGAACUCUCGCGACGUCGCAUGAUGCAUCGCUCCUGCAAAAGCGAGAAAGGAAAUCCCGAGGCUCUGGACCUCGAGUACAAUGUCGAUAGUCCCGGAUUACGCGUAUAUCUCUUGAAAGCGGUCUCCGCCUGCCUAGAAGUCAACGAGACGACAUCGCCGGUCGUCGCACAGACUGACCGACAACUGAGGGUAACAGCAAACGACGCGGGGGCUAUACUCAGUUUCACCCGGGCGCCCCAAAGAUCGUCCAUCCCAGUCGAGCAUGAGACGGCGGUCACGACGAUCUGCGUGUCUGAUCUUAUCCGUUUCACAACUAAGUGGAUCUGCGGGUGCUUCGGUUCUCCACAGCGGGUACAGCUUCCUCCCAAGGUCAGGACUAUGGCUACUACCGACGUUCUCGCGCGCCGCCAGUCCGACCUCUCGCUCCUCCUUCUUGUACCCUCGUUCACUACUGGCGCUCUCCGCUCAUUAAACCCAUUCUAUAUACCACCUAUCAUGAAGACGCAGGUCAUGUCUCCCAUUGUUCUUGCGCUUAUGGCAACGUCUGCGACCGCGAAGAUUCUCAAUGAUGGCACCAAACUUGCAUACGGCAAGGCUUUCGAUAACAAGGUCCAGUGGCAAAUGGCUGGCGUCCUUGAAUCCCCUUGUACCGGCGACUUCGCCGACAUCGGCAUCUCCGAUUGCUACCAAUUCACCCUCUCCGCCGACGGCUCCAAAAACCUCGACACCGGCCACCUCGACUCCCCACGCCAGCGCAACGAGUUCCGCGCGCCCGACCAGCCCGCGGGAAAGAAGCGCACGUACGAGUGGAAGACCUACGUGUCGGGCGAGACGGGCACGAGCGAUAGCUUCUUCCAUCUCACGCAGAUCAAGCUGAAAGAUGUGGGCCCGCCGCUACUGACGCUGUCGGCGAGGAAGGGGAAGAUUGGGAUCGAGAGCGAGGAGCUGUGCGGGAAAGGGUGUGCGAGCGCGUCGUGGGAUGAUUAUGUGGAUCGGACUGUGCAGCAUACGAUGAAGAUUACCUUCGGUCCCGACGGCUCGAUGGACUACAAGAUCAAGGAUGCUGACUCAGGCAAGAGCAUCAUCUCGCAGUCGCUGAAAGGGCACUUUGGUGACAACAAAACCUUUCUGAAGUUUGGCUCCUACCGCAAGGCCUACGACCAUAUGACGAAGGUCCGCAUGGCAGCCGGCGACUACAAGCAGACGUAA